AUGUCUCUAUGGAACAAACGGCUUCAAAACUGCGUCAGCUUGGUCACAGUGGUAUUCUUGGUGACAGCAUGCAUCCACUACUACGGUUUCCACACCAUCACCCAGGAGUCGCUCGAGGCAGCGUCGUUGGCUCGCCAGCUCCACUCUAGCUACAACCCCUACGCCAUCACCCACUUGUUGUACCGGCAUUUGAACCGCGAAGACGUCACUCUCGGCGACUCGCGCGGCUUGUACUUCCACUGGGACGACUGGGUGGACUUGUCGCCAGGUGACCGGGUAUUGAACCGCUACCGCGAGUGGUACCCUGGAGGCCAGUGUGACAUGGCCAUCGAGCGGUUUGCUGGCGUCAAUGGCUACUGGAUGGAGUCCCACGACAAAAAAGUGCUUCGGGGAAUGGCCAACAUGUACUGCUCGAUGCCAAUCCCCGAAAAAGUGUUCGUGCCAAUCGACUCUGCAUACUUGGAGGUGCCAGUGGUUGCCAAGCACCGUUUGGGCCCUGGCAAGAUCCCCACUGCCAUAGGAAAGCGCCAGGUGCUCGAGAAAAUGGCCCAGCUACAGACCAACAUCGCCAUCGAGAAUCAAGGGUCCUCUCCCAUCAGGCACCUCCAGAAAACCGUCCACAUUCAUCCUUCGGAAUUCAUCUUCGAUCCUGAGAUCGAGAUUGCAAAGCUCGAGAGCAAGCUCGCUGUGGGCGUCCUUGCACCUCAGGAUCACCAGUACCUCGAGUUCCUCAAGCACGCCAACCAAUUGGUGGAAACUUCCGACAAGUACUUCAAAUACCCAUGGAUCAUUUCCGACGUUAUCCAAGGAAGAUCCCACCAUUUAGCAUACCCUUUCUUCAAAGGCUUCAUUAGUGACCGUGAACGUCAAAGCGUCAUCCACCACAUGGUGCGAGCCUGGUUCCAAUUCGCCGAGCUGCAGGGCUUUGCCUCGUGGAUAAACUAUGGCUCGUUGCUAGGCUGGGCCUAUAACGGGGUCAACAUGCCCUGGGACACCGACAUCGACAUCCAGAUGCCCAUCAGACAACUUGAUCGCAUGGGCCGCUACUUCAACAAAUCGAUUGUGGUGGAAGAUCCCAGAUACGGCAACGCCAAGUACUUCCUCGAGGUGGCCCCCACAUACGUCAAGCAGGGGAACGGCCGCAACUUUAUUGAUGCUCGGUUCAUCGACAUUAAUUCUGGACUUUACAUCGACAUUUCUGCAUUAUCCCAUACUACAUUCGAGCCGCCCCAGAAUGUGGUCCCAGAUCAGGAACAUCUGACCAUGGUCAACUGCAAGAACUGGAAUUGGCACUCGCUCGAGGAAUUACUCCCAAUCAGACACACCUAUUUUGAAGGUGCUUCUGUGUACAUUCCUCACAACGUCACCCAAAUAUUGAGUCGCAAGUAUGGCCAGGACUCGUUCACCACAAAGUUGAAUUUUAUGGGUCACAACUAUCAGAAGGACUUAAGGCUUUGGGUCCCGGAUCGCGAGUGUAAGACCCCUCCCUCUGGUUCCAGAUUUGACAAUCGCGGUGAACUCACCAGAGAAGGUGCCUGUGGCAGUAUCUACGUGCAAGACGAGUACGACAUCACCAAAGAGUGUUCGCAAAGACAUCUCGAGUUGAAUGGCGACUUGGACGUGCCGAGAAACUACGAUACACUGAAGAUGGGUGAUUUGCCCAUAUUUAGGAAAGACCCAUGGGACUACCUCAAUGAUAUCAACAAAGGAGAGGUGACAAACGAUAGGUGGUACGUGCGACAACAAGUGGUGGCCUAG